AUGGGCAUCAUCUCCAGCUGUUGCUCCCACGAUGCCAGCGUGGAAGCAGAGGAGAACAAGUCGACGAUGAAGAAGGAACCGUCGCCGACCAAAGCAGACGCCACGGAAAUGGCCGUGGCGCCUGCGGCCUCCCGGGAGAAAGAGCGGAUGAUGGAGAAGUCCGCCAAGGUCACAGCGAGCGGCUCCGAAUACGAGAUCACCCUGGACAGGAGCACGGGCAAAAGGUUGGGCAUCGAUGUGGAUCACAAGGAUGGAAAGACAUUGCUCAUUGAAUGCAUCAAUGAAGGUCUGGUGAAGGACUGGAACGACACGGCACCCGACGAGACGAAGGUGCAGAUCAAUGAUCGCAUAACAGAGGCCGGCCUGAAGCUCUUGUGUCUGGAGUGUAUCUUCCUGAGUAUCAGAACACUGCGUGCUAUGGUCGAUGAGCCCCGGCACGGCGAGGCUUGGGCGCUGGUAGUUGCCGCCGACCCUGUGGGGGCUGAGCUUUCUGCGGCGGUGCUUCACGCUGGGCUCCGGGCAGAGGUGGUAGCUCCAGCGACUGCACUCAGCUGCAUCGGUCGGUUGCCGGGUCGGCUGGCAGUGGUUCUGGCGCAGUCGCCCGAGAAGGACUUCCUCCGAUGCCUCCGCAGAGGCCAUGGUCAAGUCUUCACCAUUGCAAUGGACGAGGCUUUCGCCCACUGCCCUGCUUCGCGACUGGAUGCUUUCGAUGCGGGAGCCCGCAUGGUCACUUCGUCGGUCGCUGCUGUAAAGGAAGCACUGACCAAGGUCUCUGCGGUUUUCAGCAGUGCCGGGCCCUUCGCCUGCACGGCGUGCGGACUCAGCCCGCUGUCGGAGAAUGCGCUGCACUUGCACAUGCACUUCCAUCAUGCCGUGGACGCAGUGUCGGAGGAUUCGUGCCCAAUCUGUGCAGAGCGGCCGUCGAAUUUGGCCGUUCACCUGCACAACAGCCAUGGCCCGCCGGCAGAGCGGGAGCCGCCAAGGGCUCCCUAUGCGACAUUCGCAUGGUGCGUUUGCCGUCGACUCGACGGUCGGUUUCUGCUCGUGAACGAGCCCUCGGGAAUCGCCGGGGGCCGACCCAACUUCUGGUUGCCUGCCGGCCGCGUCGACCGCGGAGAGUCGCUGCAAGAGGCCUGCCGGCGUGAGGCAUUGGAGGAAGCCGGCAUUUCUGUGAGAGUCACAGGGCUGCUGCGCCUGAUGGUCGACAGCCACCACACUCUGCGCGCGGUCUUCCUGGCCGAGCCCGAGGAUGACGCCCACGCCGAGCCGAAAAGCGUUCCCGACUGGGAGAGUGUUGGUGCUAUGUGGGCAGAGGUCGCGGACAUCCAAAAGUUGAAGGAGUCCGACUUCCGGCACCCAGAUCCUCAGGAGCUGUAUCCCAAAGUGGCAUCCGGCAGCCUGAAACCGCAGCCGGUUGACACCAAGGAGUUCGUCGCCCUGGAGGCGCUAAUCCGACGGCUGACAGCUGGCGACCGGAAGGCUCUGCGAGAGCUAGACGGCGUUUGGAGGAGUGUGCAAGCUGCCUAUCCAACGGCUGUCUUCACGCGAGCUUGA